AUGGUUUCUUACCGUCGCCAGAGCAACGUUUGUCGUCGAAAGCGGGAGAAUGCACAAGACCUAGGCGCGACACAAGCCUUGGAUGAGAACGCAGAAGGACCUACAGGUGGCGCUGCUACAGACGAAAGAGAGCCGUCUGCGUCGCAGUCAGAGGAUAUCGAUAGAGCUGGGUUCGCGACGGCGCAAGCUCUUAGGAGCAUGGUUCCCGAACGGGCUACUAGUCAUCUACAAGUUGACGCCGAAUGUGACGGAGCAGUGACGUUCCAGGCCGAUUCCAGAGCUUUUGAUGAGUUGGGCGCCGCUGAUGAUGAUGAAGCUGGGAACCCUUUUUCGUCUAUUCCACCGUUGGGUCAAGAAUCGCCUUGCUGCCACUUUUGUUUGGGCCCUCUGUUGGAACCCCCGCAUGCCCGCCAAGAUACGAUGGAACGUCUACAACUGAUGCUGCUUGUGCUGCUCUUUAUGAGAAGUACGCCACUGGGCGAUUUCUCGUUUCACUUCAGUAAGAUGGAUUCGCAAAUUCGUCGUAAUUGGUUAUCCAAUCUUUCACAGUUUGAGCAGUUACGCCAGGGCGAGGAAUCCUCGGCGCACGAGUUGCUGACUCACAUCAGGUCAUCAUUUUCGUUGGCGUAUUUCGUAUCCAAGCGAUCGCAUUCCGACGUUGGACAUUCUGGACGCGAGCAAGCGGUGUUACGGUCGUGUGCCAAUCUACUGUUCGACGCGUUCUCCUCUACCCGAGUGCAGCAGAUUCUAGAGUCGGCAAGCGUGACUCAAGUCGAUGAGAGGGGACAGGAGCGCACAGUUCCCGGGUCAUGUGAGCAUUUCGGCCAUUUAAUCGCGGAUCUGUUUGAUGAACUCACGAGUCUUCUGGAUAAUCGCUCUGACCCUCGAGCUGCUGCGCUCUCGCGUGAUGAUAUAAAUUAUGGGCACUCCACCAUUCCGCACAUUGUGGAUGAUAUCCUAUCACUGGUAUACGCAGCCCCCAAGUAUCGGUCACUACGUACCACAACGUCAGCCCUGCUGCUUCGUAAAAAUGACGCCUUGGAGACUGCAGCCCGCAGGUUGUUCCGAGCGUGUGAGCUUCAGCAGGCGUGGAAUUCAUCCAUCCAACGUCUUGAUCGGUGCUCCGACUCAACUCCAGCAGACCACGCGCGGGACCAGCCAGAUGUCCAGCAGGAAAAAGCUGUCCAUAACUUGCCAACCCCUUCGAAUGAUAAGUGGACCGGUCGGUGGUUCUUGGAGCCGACAUCGAUCUCGAUUACGCCUGUUUCUUCGCAGAUGGGCGCCGACUAUGGUAGUGCGAUGACUCUAGCUACCGGUCCCUCCCUGUUGUCGGUCUUGGGACUGAUUCGCAUCUUUGCCAGCAUUGACCUGGCUCUCGAGAAUCUACAGCUUUCCGUGGGGUCAUCGAUAAGGGGCACAGGUCGGAAGCGGGCGGUGUUCGUAUUGGAUGGGCAAGCGCACCCGAUAAAAACCUUGCCGAAUGAUGUGGUGGCGGCGGCAGGAGUGGCGCUGUUUGGUGAUUGCUGGGGACUCAACGAAUACCAGGGCCGCGUAUCGGAUGAUCGAUCAUCGAUGGAGCUUCUUCUGACAAUUUUACCUCUCCAGACCUCAAGUCAAGACUGGGGUAAAAGUGAUAGGGUGUGGUCAGCGCAACGAGUACACUUGCAUGUGGCGCUUGAGGGUGAGCGAGAUGGCAAAGAAAGUUUCUCGGUAUUUGCGCACGUGACAACAGUCUGGGAAGCACCUUCUCCUCAACAUUCUUGGCCGCCCAACGUGCAGAGCGAUCUUGAGGUAAACCUAUCGUGGUCGCCAACGCUGGAGGUACUUGCAGUUUUUGUGGGGACUGCAUGA